AUGGCUUUGAGAGAUCUCAUUGUGUUCAUUUCCGUUUUUCUCAUCGUAAAUGCCUCAGUGUACUUUUCAACAUCAGCUGGGAAUGGAGUGUGCGUGACAUGUGAUGGAACAGUCUCCUCCUCAUCCUACACUGGCUCCUAUUCCUAUCCAAGCACCUACAGCAACAACUACAACACUGGCUACACCACAUAUUACUAUCCUAACAGUGGCUACACUUAUUCAAACAAUAACAAUAAUGGAUACACUAAUUACUACCCAAACAGUAACAGCAACGGCUACACCACUUACUACUAUUAUGGACGGAGAAAA